CGGCCCUGGAGAGCGGCAGCAGAACGGGCGGCAGUGAGAAUGGCAGCGAAGCCAGCGUCUCCACUGGCCCAAACUGGGAUCCUAGCCCUUUAAAUCCGAGCGGUCACAAAAGGAAAGAGGCAAAGCACCCUUUCAAUUAGCACUCGGUGGCGGAGGCAGUGGCGCCUGUGUCCUCCAAGGAGCUGCAGUGCUCGGGCUCCUCGGCUUAGAGACACCCACGGCUCCAGCACCCUGGGCCUCGGACACCCACCGGCCCCGGCACCCUGGGCCUUGGACACCUGCCCGGCUCCGGCACGAGAGCCGUGGGGCUUUCUCCGAUGCUCCCUGAUGUGCCGCCGGCACCCCAGGAAGCAUUCCUCUGGUUCCCCGAUGCGCUGCCGGAGGAGCAGGCGGAGGGAGGCCCCAAACGGGCCGGGCCGCCGGAUGGAGCGACUCCCCCAGGAAGAGACUUGCCGCAGCGGGGUCCGGCACCCGACACCGACUCCCCAGCCUGGGAGAAGAUGCCAUUCCACCACGUGACGGCAGGACUGUUGUACAAAGGGAAUUACCUGAACCGUUCACUCUCGGCUGGCAGUGACAGCGAGCAGCUCGCUAACAUCUCCGUGGAGGAGUUGGACGAAAUCCGCGAGGCCUUCCGAGUCCUGGACAGGGAUGGCAACGGCUUCAUCUCCAAGCAAGAGCUGGGCAUGGCCAUGCGCUCCCUGGGUUACAUGCCCAGUGAGGUGGAGCUGGCCAUCAUCAUGCAGCGUCUGGACAUGGACGGAGACGGCCAGGUGGACUUCGAUGAGUUCAUGACGAUCCUGGGCCCCAAACUGGUGUCUUCAGAAGGACGGGAUGGAUUCCUCGGGAACACGAUAGACAGCAUAUUCUGGCAGGAGCCCAGCGCGCCCCCUCCCCUGUGUCCGCAGUUCGACAUGCAGAGGAUAACGCUGGAGGAGCUGAAGCACAUCCUGUACCACGCCUUCCAAGACCACCUGACUAUGAAGGACAUCGAGAACAUCAUCAUCAGCGAGGAGGAGAGCCUCAACGACACGGCGGGGAACUGCCAGACGGAAUUCGAAGGAGUGCACUCCCAGAAGCAGAACCGACAGACCUGCGUCCGCAAGAGCCUCAUCUGCGCCUUCGCCAUGGCUUUCAUCAUCAGCGUCAUGCUGAUCGCCGCCAACCAGAUCCUCCGCAGCGGCAUGGAGUGAGGCCUCCGACGACGACCACCACCACCCCGGCGCGGGACCCCCACCCCCUCCCCCGGCCCGGGACCCCCGUCCCCUCCCCCGGGCCCGGGGAGGUGGAGGCGGGCCAGCCGGGUGACCCGACCCGGGGCGCCCACUCCUCCGUCUCCCGGGCAGGGACCUAAAGGGCUGGACCGGUUUUGGGUCCUCACGCAAUAAAUCCCCAGGAGUCCCGGGCCGGGGGAGGGGGCGGGUUCUGCUUUCACCGCCCCCCGCGGGGCUGCCGCCGGGACACGCCUAGAGACAGAGAGACAUACCCAGAGACAUACCCGACACGCCAACACACAUACCCAGAGGCAGAGAGACUUAGAGAGAGGCAGGGAGGCCUCAGCAUGCGGCCGACCUCUCCACCCUCCCUUGACCCCAACGGGCCCCAGCUUCUUCCCCGGUCGCCCGAGCCCGGUGCCCCGACGUGACCCGGACCGCGCCCCCGCCCCGCAGGGGCCCCGGAGGCCCGGGGGGCCGGGGGCUGUCAGGGCACGUUCCCACGGGCCUCGAGACCGGGGGGCGGGAGGGGGUUCGGCAGGUCCGGGCGGCCCCGAGUUCGGGUCCGAAAGCCCCGCUUCUGCCCCCGGGAAGGUCUUGGGGGGGCUUCCUCCCCGACCCCCCCUCCCGUCCCGCCCGGGCCCGGGCCGCAGCAGACUUGGAGGCCGCCCUCCAACGGGCCCGGGGAGGGCGGGCUGGGGACCGUCGCGGUCCAGGCUGGGCCCGGGGCCGGGGGCCAGAGCCGGACGUCGGGGCUGAAGAAUGGGGGCCCGGUCCCGCUGCCCCGCGCGGCCCCGUUGUCUGUUUUCUAGAAAGCGCCCC